UUUCGCGACGGCAAGGCUGUGCGCUCGGAAACAAAGCGCGUACCGAAAGUUUCAAAAUUUAUAAACAAAUUUACGUAACAUGUUGACGCGCGAUUGCACUAAAUUUUGAAUAAAAAAACAACAAACAAACAGAAACAAGAUCAAUCAAAACCAGACUAUUAUUAUUAGAUGAAGAACGUGAGCUUCGAAACGCCUGCUUUCAAAUCCCGAAUUCCGGUUCCGCUGUCGCCGCCCAUGUCGCUGCGCCGUUCGACGAGUUUCCGCGACGGCGCGUCGCUGCAGGACUCGCGACUCGCCGGCUUUGAUCCUGGCCGCAGGACGACGCUGCGCAGGGGCAGAUCCUUCAUGGAGAGGGGCGAGCGCGGUGGUACCUGCAACGGGGUCGUCGGGUGCACCGGGGCUAAGGGGGCCAAAGGGCCCCCAUGCACCAGCAGACACCACCAGAGUUCGACGCCGACGAGCAGCAGUUCGAGGAAAGGAUCCAACGCAGAGGGUGUCACGACACUAGGGGGGCGCGCACGCAAUUUGUCGUUAUCCUUGAGCAGCACGACCAGGCUAUCCUCGCCCACCGGGACAUCCUCUCCGAGGACGCCGCCCACGUCUCCGCUGGACUACAGAAGCAGCAAGUGCCAGUCGGCGGACUGGGACUCGGACAGCAUCACCAGCGGAAUAAGCGGCCUAAGCCUGGCGUCCUCAUGCGAUCACGCAAGCGUCGCCAGGAACGGGACAACGUUCUCUGGAAAAACCAUGAAAUAUGUUUUCCACUGUAGUCACCACGCUGGGGUGGCCGGGGAGGAUUACCUGACACCUACUCAAAGGGCCCAGAGGCAGGUGCGGCGCUUGAAGAGCCUCCUCCACCAAGCCCACAAGGAUUUGGACCAGAAGGACAGCGAUAUUAUCAAGUUGACUAAAGAAGUGGUCGAACUUCGUUUGUGCAAAGCUGCUCUCAGCUCUCCCGAAGAACGCUCCAACUCCUCCGACGCGGUCACAGUCCGGGAAAAUCAGCUUGACGACGAUCUAGCCAUCCCUCUCAACGCCACCAAUGAAAUCAUGACCGGCUCAUACACGGACUCAGGACACUACGACGAUUACACGAACUCCUCCAUACAUUCCAAAGACUCAGAACUGCUCUCCGAAAAUUUCGCGCAUUCGCCGUUCAAAAGGGGACGACCGGAGACGGUGGACAGAUGCGUUUCCACCGACGAUCUUCAAUACGAAGAGCUCAUGGCCGAAUACGAGAAGAGGAUUCAGGAGCUGGUGAAGUCGCACGAGAACGAGAGUCAGGAUCAGCGUCAGAAGCAUAACGAUAAGGUGGAGGAGCUGCUGCAGCGGAUCGCCGAGAUCAACAAGAGGUAUUGGGAUCUCGUGCCCGACUUGGAUAACGCAAAGGACCGUAUCAAAGAGUUAGAAUCUCAGCUGGAAGACGCCUUGAGGAAGCUCGAGGAGCAAGACGAUAAACACAAGCAGGUGUACUUGCAGAUGUACGCGCAAGGACAAGAGGCGGCGAAGGUAGAGCGCGAGCAACAGGUCAUGGAAUUAGCCCAGCAGAUGCCGACGCGCAUCUCCGUUCCCGAAUUGCUCCAACAGCUCCAGGUCACCCAAACCGAAUUGGAGAACAUCAAGGACAUAGAAUAUGCUUCAACAUCUAACAGUUUAAAGCCUUUGCUAAGUGCGAAAGAAGCUGUUACUUUGUGGGUUUUAGGUGCCAGAAAGGCGAUGUACAAGCAAAUUUUGGAGGCGAAGAACAAGAAGGUGGAUCCGGAGAUUACGCUUCAGUUCUUGAAAUCGGCUAUCUACUACUUUCUGACUGAUAAGGAGAACAACCAGGGUCACCUCAGGGCCAUCCAGAGCAUACUUGGAUUCACGCCCAAAGAGGUUCAAAAUAUCGAGAAAGCCCGGACUACCUAGAUUAUUCUUAUUACUUGGUUCAAGGAUGAUGAUGAUGAUGAUGGAAAAGUGGUUUCUAUGAAACUGGUUGUGAUGAAGGGCCUUUCUUUGUAUUCUGUCCAAGUCUGUUGCGUUUCUGCCAAAGCAAACUAUAUACUGUAUAUGGAUAUUUAGAGCAAAUUUUUGUACGUUUAAUUCGGUUAAACACACUUAAUAGCAACGCACGUAAUUCAGUGCAUCCUAUUAAGUGCGUUCUAAUACUUAUUUUUAUAUAUAUAUAACAUAAAGCGCUGAGAUAUUUCCUACCUAUAAAUAUGAAUGUGUACUGUUAUCAUUUUUAUUAGUUUCGUUUCGUUAUUAUUUAAAGUUUAGCAAUUAGUGCGGAAACGAUGAUUGAUUCAUUGAUUUUCCGAUUAAUAUAAAUUAAUGUAAUUUUUUCGAUUACCUAAGUUAGCUUAUUCUAAUAACCAUUGAAUGUCUAUAUUAUUGUGAUUAGAGAUUAUUAAUUUUAUAUAUAUAUAUAUGUGUAUAAUAACCGUGUAUUAAAUAUUUAUUUCUUAUGUGUUUAUUUCCAUAUUUUUGUUUGGGUCGGUUUGUGCAAUACGAAGUGGAAUGAAACGAAACCAUAAAUAAUAAGCCUGAUAUUAAGUGCACCCUAAAACCUAAGUUUUAUUAAUUUUUUAUUUAUAUAAUUUUACGUUUAUUUUUUUUGUGUAUCGAUAAAUAUAAAUAAAUUUCCGUUCCAAUAUUGUCUAUAUAAUAAGUGUAUGUAUAAACAUUUCGAGAUAUAAGAUUUUCUUUUAUUAUUUAAUUUGUAUGGUGUUGUUGAAUAAAAAUUCGAGGAAACGUAUGUUUCGGAAAUAAAUCAAAAUGCAAA